UGGCAAAAGUGCAGUGACACCUUCAGAUAAUUCAUCAAUCAUUUCUGAUGGAGGUAGAGUCUCAGGUAGAGUCUCAGGUAGAGUCUAGUUCUGAGUUCGCGGGAGACAAAUUGAGGGAAGAACUCGAGAGACAUGAACUAGAAUCAGCUGAUGGAGAGUUGGAGGCAACUAAGCCUAAGGAGCACUCUAACAUUGACAUGAACCAGUUUCCUCCAGUCUCAAUUGAAGAAGCUCCAAACAAGAUAACACGAUCAGAAGCAAAAUGGAACAGUGUGAUACUUCCUUACCUUGCCGAUAGCAAUGAAGACAGAGAACAGGAAAGAGAGGGAAAGAAUAAAAAGCUCAGUUUUCUUUUUCGUCGGCAGUCUGUUGCAGAGUCACGAGAAGUGAGAAAAUAUUACAAACGUCUAAGGAAAGACCAAGUCGUAUUGAAGGAAGCCAUGGAACUGAAAAUAGAGAAAGAGGAAAAAAAAGGAGCAGAGUCUAAACCACUUCAUUAUGAAACAGCAUUAGAUAAUGUUGUCAAAUCAACUGCUGAUGGUAGAAGUAAUGAUGAAAUUACUAAAGAAGAAACAAGAAAGGGAAAGUUGAUGAGUUUAUUCCAACUCUCAGUGAGCUCUGCAUCUCGUCUCACCCUCUCUGUUAAUAUCCUUUUAUUUUUCAUUAAACUUGCUGCAUCAAUACAAUCAGGAUCACUCUCAGUAGUAUCCAGUCUCAUUGAUUCGGCUCUAGACCUGUUCUCUGGAGUAACCAUUGGAAUCACUAGCUACCUGAUGCAUAAUUAUAACCAGUAUCAGUAUCCAGUAGGCAGAAAUAGACUAGAACCUGUUGCUAUUAUCAUCACUGCUGCUGUAAUGGGAACUGCAGCUUUACAAAUCGUCACUACAUCCAUUACUGAUAUCAUAAAUAAUUCCAUCAAUCCAAACAUUAAUGAGUUCUCUGGUUCUAUAAUAGCACUCACAAUCCUGUUAAAAGGUGGCCUCUUUUUGCUUUGUUAUCGUGUCGACAGUCCUUCUGUAAAAGCACUAGCAACAGAUCACAGAAAUGACUUUGCUUCAAACAUUGCAGCUCUAGUCUUUGGAGUCCUUGGUACAUACGUAUGGAAAUAUCUCGAUCCAAUUGGGGCCAUCCUCCUAUCAUUUUACAUAAUAAUAAACUGGAUACUAGUUGGCAAGGAGCAGAUGGUAAAUCUCACAGGCUAUAGAGCUGAUAGACGAUUCACUAGCAAGCUGAUAUACAUUGCACUCCAGCAUAGCAAGGAAAUACAGGAAGUGGAUACAGUCACAGCCUACACGUUUGGAGUUAGGUAUUUAGUUGAGAUGCACAUUGUUCUGAGUAGGGAUAUGAGACUGGAGGAGGCUCAUGACAUUGGGGAGACACUACAAUUGAAGUUAGAGUCUUUGAAGGAAGUGGAGAGAGCCUUUGUUCAUCUUGACUUUGAAACAGGACACGCACCAUCCAGUGAACACAUACUGGCAGGACCUAAUUAUUAGUGUAUAACAAUUAGUUAUUAUUAUCUUUCUGUAAUUAUUGUUUGUUUAUGCAUUGUCUCUCUCUUUCUCUGCAUGAGUUCCUAUAUCAGCUUGGUUUCUGUAUAGGAAAAGAAGAAUAAUACAUGUAUUUUAAA